UCUCAGUCACUACCAACUGACUAACAAAUAGAAACUAUGCGGAAUCCAAUCAAACGCUCUCACCAUCUUCUUCAUUCGUCCUCUUGAUUCAUUCUUUCUGUUUGUGUCUUUCUUUGAAUUAAAUUCUUGCAUUUUCUUGAAUUCUUGGAAAUGGCGGAGGAAAAUGCAAUCUCGCCCUAUGCCGGCCGCGGCAGCGAAGUGGAUCAGUGUUUCUUCAAGGGUGAAUUAAGUCGAGUUCUUCGCGGAGUCAUUGUACAAGUUAGCAAUGUCGAGCAAGCAAAAAUUGCAGAGGAAGCCGGCGCGUGUUGUGUUUUGCUCUCCGAGCCGAUUCACAUAGGCAUUAUGCGAAUGCCUGAUCCAUUACUAUUCAUUGAAAUUAAGCGUGUUGUUUCGAUUCCGGUAAUCGUAAAGGUCCGCGUAGGGCACUUCGUCGAAGCGCAGAUUCUUGAUAAUGUUGGUGUGAAGCAUUUCGAUGAGAGCGAUGAAACUUCCGCUGUAGAUCAGGAGCAUUUCAUCAACAAGCACAGGUUUAAGGAGUCGUACUUCGUCUGUGGAUGUCGAAGCCUGGGCGAGGCGUUGCGGAGAGUGAAGGAAGGCGCGAAAAUGAUCAAAACUCAAGGAGAUAUGGCGGCGUAUUCUUCAGGUAACAACAUCACGGAGACGUUGCGUAAUGUGAGAUCUGUGAUGGCUGAUAUUAGGUUUUUACACAGCAUGAAUGAAGAUGAGGUUUUCGCUUUCUCGCAAAAGAUCUCCGCGCCUUAUGAUAUUGUCAAGAAAACUAAGGAAAUUGGCAGGUUACCGGCGAUCAAUUAUGCGGCCGGAGGAAUUGCGACUCCGGCCGAUGCGGCUUUGAUGAUGCAGUUAGGUUGUGACGGAAUCUUUGUGGGAUUAGAGAUAUUCCAGUUCUCUAAACCUUGCGACCGACUGAGAGGAAUCGUUCAGGCAGUGAAGGGCUACAACGAUCCAAGCGUUCUGGCGCAGGCUAGUUUUGGUGUUGGGGCAAUAUGAGAAUCAGAUGGAACAGAGUAAUCGUUCAAAACAGAGUAAAAUCGUCGUUUUCUUCUGCACAUUGAUAGAUUCCUCUUCUUACAGUACGGAUAGAUUCAAACCAGAGAUCCAAUAGCUUUCUGAAUCUCUUCUUCCCCAAUUGUUGAGAAUACAUAGCUACGAAUUAGAACA